UUAUAACCAUACUCCCUAUAUACGGAGUAUUUUUCAAUAUAUAUAAGGGGAUAGAGAGAGAUCGGGGGGUUCGGGGUAGGGUUUAGGGGGCUGAGUUCAAGCGGGAAAUAAAUCAAAAGAAUGGAGACGCAGAGGGAUGGAGCUCCGUUGUCUGCGAGUAACGGAUGUAGAGAAUCGGACAUGGAGUCGGAGCCCAAUUCGAAGCGUCGCCGCCGGUCGUCGUCUUACACAGCUUUAUCAGAUCGGACACGGGAGCUGUUAGAAGAGAAGGUGUCCUUCCCAAAUGGUAAAUACGUUAUGAUUUGUUGCGUGUUUGUGCCUUCGAUUUGGGCUUCAGCCGAUGGCCCCAUGGUUUAUCACACAGCUUUAGCAUCUCAUGAGCUGGCUAGAAGAGAUGAUUUCGUGCUGGUGGUGGUGCCAAUGAUGAGGGAGGGUUUUGCUCAUUCCUACUCUGCCUAUCAACACUUCUUGUUGGGAUUUUCCUGCCUUGCUGUUCCUUUCUGCGACUCUCAUCAGCGUGAGUACAUUUGCUCGGCACUCGGUUUUGAUGGUAAGAUUAAAGCUGUGAUUCUAGAUCCAUCUCAGAAGGUCCUUUACCAUGGCCCGCCCAUCAUGUUUUCUCAGUUUGGAGGAGCUGAACAUGGUUCCUUUCCCUUUACUCCAGAGAGAAUGGAUAUUUGUUUACGCCGUGGCGGUGUUUUACAGGAUCUCUCCCUCAAUGAGCUUUUGGGCCUUAGCGACACUGAUGUUCUAUGCAAUAUUUCAAAGGAUGCCCAGAUUACUAUUUCAGAACUUAAACAGAAGUUUGUGGGGCUUUAUGUGUGCUCUGAUUGUAGAAGCUUAAGGAAGCUUCGGGAGGUUCAUGAGGAAUGUAGACGACAAAAGUAUGAGCUUGAGAUCGUGGUGGUGUGCUGUCCCUUCGAGAAGCAGGUGCCCCCAAAGUUGCACGAGAAGUUAAUCAUGGAUGCACUUGCAAGUUUUAAGCUGAUAGGCUGGUGGUUUUUUCCCUUCAACAACACCGUAUUCCAUAGGCUAAUGCGAAUGCGUGAAAUUGAUAGUGAUCCAGAAGGUCUUUUCAUAGUGGAUCCCAUUGAAAAGUAUGUGGAUCCCUAUGGGUUACCAAUCAUCAGUGAUUUUGGCAUGUAUGGUUAUCCCUUCACUAGGAGGAAAUUGAUUGAGAAGGAAUUUCAAAGGAAAAUGCGACUGAGUUUGAAGUCAUUACUACUACCUUGGGAUUGUGUUUAUGGCAUGCGUGAUACCCUUACGCGCUGGAUGGUUGAUUAUUCUACUGCAUUGCUUAAGAACUACAUUGUUGUUCUUUAUCUGUUCAAAGAGAAGGAGAAAUUUCUAGCUGAUAAAUUGGGUGCAAGGUAUACAAAGAAUUGGAAGAGAAAGCAUUCAAAUGUUGUGGUGGUUGCUGUAAACAUAGAUGGUAGCCACACUAGUGGUGAAGAUUUCAUGGCUAGGGGGUGGUUUGUAUGCCGUGCAAAACCAACCAAGUCAGCUAAACUCUGUGAUGAGUUCUUCCAUCCUCUCUGUAAUCCAUGCGAGACUGUUGUUGCAUUUGGCGAUGAUGGUAUGAUUCAGUCUAUGGAUCCAAAUCACAUUUUGAAAUGUCGACAUCCUCCUUUCCAUGGCGAUCUACGUGAAGAGAUUGCUCGGGCAUUUGAUGACGCCGGGCUUCAUUACAUGCGACAUUAUAACUACUCUUAAUGACGGGUUUGCGUUAUAUAUUUAUAUUUUGAUUAGAUCAUCUAAUUUAGUUAAUUUGAUAGUAUAAUAAUUCAAGUAAUUGUCG